CAAAACAAAGCCGUAACAUCGUCCCGUUAUUUCGCUCGUAUAUUUGAAGUACAGAGAUCAGUGCAUAUUUUGUAUUGCUCUGCUAAGCUGACACUUUACCGUUGUUAUGAAACAUCUAGCUGCGUGAUCAAUACUUCACAUCAACUACGAGCAGCAUCCAGUAAGACGCGUCGUAACAUUAAAGAUAAAUUCCCUUUCUUAAGCGAGUUCAAAGGCCAAACAGAACGCAUAGCUCUAAAUGGAAACCUGCUGAACAAACCAUUGGUAAAACUCGUCCGGUCCAAACUUAGAGUCGACCAAAAUUUUAACGAGAGAAGAAGUGGAAGUUAA